AUUAAAUUAUGGCCGACACGAUCUGUCACGCUCUCGUUUACAAGCGACGUAAUCUGUUUGCGUAGUGACUGGUGGGAAAGGAGAGGAGAGCCAAACGUGCCGUUAUUUUCCAUUCAUUUCAUUCAAUGAGCGGAACAGUUCUCCCUCUCUAUUACAUAAAGUCCUUGCGAAAGUGCUUCCUCCUCUCGCGCCAUCCCACUCUUGUAUGCAUUGCGUGAGAGCAGUGCCAGGAGCGGAUUCAAUGCAGGGCAAAAAUGAAGCAUUCUAUAAAGUUACUCUAAUUUCAUCAUUAGUAAAUACAAAUAUGUUUUUUUAAGAAAUCUAAUGCAAUUCUUACAAAACGCUCAGCUAUAACAUAAAACAUAACAAUAUGGAAUAUUUAACAACUCUGCAACAGACAAUCCCAAGGACCGUAAAUAUGAGUUAUUUGUAAUUUUUAUUUUUAUUGCCUACUGGGAAUUUUAUUUAUAUUUUAAUCAAUUAGGCUGAUUUGUAUACACUUUGAAGUUAUGUAUAAAUGUAGUAUUUUUUGCUUUCCAAGUUUUCUGAUUGUUUUAUACUGUGUGGACAAGUGUUAACCACAAAAUCGCAGUGGGCCUUUUAAAAUAUAAAUUAUGAACAACUUUUACUUACGGUCACUGAACAAUACAAUAGCAUUGUCUCUGGGCGCAGGUUGGAAGAAACGAAAUAAUCAUUAAGGGCCCUCAAAACCCAAUAUAGAUCCGCACCUGGCAAGAAUGCACUGUGCAAAUGCUGCUCUCCUCCCACCAACAGGUGCUCUGCAGCCAAGACUGCACAUGUUGUUGCUCCGUCUCGCUCGCUCGGCUGAGGGUCAAGAUCGGCGCGAAGAAUUUCUCCCCGAAGCCUAAUAAUUGUGCAUCCCGAUUGCCAUGUUCGAAUUUAGAAAGUGCACUCAUCGCACGGCUAGUUUCAGCGCAGCGUCCGAGACAUCGAGACCCCAUAGCCAUAGCCCCAUCAUACAUAUACCACGGGCCGAGAUUGCGAUGGCGGCCCCUCUGCUGUGGCAGAACUUCAAGGUGCUUGUCGCCCGCUACCCGAUAAUGCGCGGCAUGAUAUCGUAUAGCCUGAUCUGGCCCACGGGCAGCCUCAUUCAGCAGACGGUCGAAGGCAGACGUUGGGGCACCUACGACUGGUGGCGCGUGCUCCGGUUCAGCAUGUACGGCGGCCUCUUUGUGGCUCCGACGCUCUACGGAUGGGUCAAGAUCUCCAGCGCCAUGUGGCCGCAGACGUCGCUGAGGACUGGCGUCAUCAAGGCGGCGGUGGAGACGAUCUCCUAUACCCCCGGCGCGAUGACCUGCUUCUACUUCAUCAUGAGUCUGCUGGAGUCCAAGACGGUGGAGGAGGCGGUGGCCGAGGUGGGCAAGAAGUUCCUGCCGACGUACAAGGUGGCUCUAUCCGUGUGGCCCCUGGUGGCCACCAUCAACUUCACCCUGAUCCCUGAGCGCAACCGGGUCCCUUUCAUCAGUGCCUGCAGCCUGUGUUGGACCUGCUUCCUGGCCUACAUGAAGCAUCUGGAGCACCACGAAGUGGAUAGUGCUAUUUAGUGGACGUAUUUCUUAUAUUUAUGAUAGCUUAAAUAAAAUACAUUUAGUUAGAAACACUUGAA